AAAACUACAGUCACCUGCUAAUUGCUAUAGUAAAAACUACAGAGAGAGAGAGAGAGAGAGAAGAGUUUUGUAAAUUGUAAUUGUAGGUCAUGAUAGAGUCGCCUCCAUGAUUAUUGCGAUGAGAAGCAAGAUCCAACAAAUAAUCAAUCCCAGCUCCAACCUUCUCUCUCCUUCCACUUUACUCAUUAAUUAACUUCGAUAUUCCCUUCUUCUACACGUCUCUGCUCGGAAUAACUCAAUGCAAUUCCCGUGAGAAUAUUGGGGACGAACAUUUAGUUCAACAGAAUUUAAUAACUCAGGGCGGUCACUUGGAUUAUUGAAUGAAUGGUUGGCAAAUCAGAAGAGUGAACAGCAGCAAGCUCAUGUCAAGGAAUUAUUUCCCGUAUUUAGCAAGGAUAUCUUCAGGGAGCAGAUGCUCAAUGUCGACUGCGGUGUGGAGCCUAGUGGGGUUCCUUAUUAUGCUUCACUUGUACACCCUAAUUUCACAUACAAACAUGCAAAGUAAAGUGGCGCUCAAAAAUAUAAGCCACAACCCACUAAUAAGUGAACUUGAAGAGGUUGAGGAGGAAAAUAUACAAAUGCCUCCACCAAGAAAGCGAUCUCCACGUGCUGCUAAAAGGAAACCUAAGCGGCCUACUACCUUGAUUGAUGAAUUUCUAGACGAAUCUUCCCAAAUAAGGCACAUAUUUUUUCCUUCUAUGAAGACAGCUGUAGAUCCCAUGAGGGUUGUUGGAAAUGACAGUUUCUACUAUCAUCCUGGGCGAAUAUGGUUAGACACUGAAGGAAAUCCUAUUCAAGCACAUGGCGGUGGUAUUUUGUAUGAUGAAAGAAGCAGGACUUACUAUUGGUAUGGGGAGUAUAAAGAUGGUCCAACUUACCGCGCUCACAAAAAAGGAGCAGCACGGGUUGAUGUCAUUGGUGUUGGUUGUUAUUCUUCAAAGGAUCUUUGGACGUGGAAAAACGAGGGUAUCGUGCUUGCUGCAGAAGAAAAUGACGAGACUCAUGACCUCCAUAAGUCCAACGUGCUCGAGAGGCCAAAAGUAAUUUAUAAUGAUAAGACAGCGAAAUACGUAAUGUGGAUGCACAUUGAUGAUGCUAACUACACAAAAGCCUCUGUCGGUGUAGCCGUUAGUGAUUCCCCCAGCGGCCCAUUUGAUUACCUCUUUAGCAAACGUCCCCAUGGAUUCGAGAGUAGAGACAUGAGCAUCUUCAAAGACGACGACGGUGUUGCUUAUCUCAUAUAUUCGUCCGAGGACAAUAGCGAACUUCACAUCGGGCCACUCAACGAGGGGUAUCUUGAUGUGACACAUGUGAUGAGAAGAAUCCUCAUAGGGCAGCAUCGAGAGGCGCCAGCUCUAUUUAAGCACGAGGGGACGUACUACAUGAUCACCUCCGGAUGUACUGGCUGGGCUCCGAACGAGGCUCUUACACACGCAGCUGAAUCAAUCAUGGGUCCAUGGGAGAACAUGGGGAAUCCCUGCAUAGGUGGAAACAAGAUAUUCCGUGCCACAACGUUCUUUGCUCAGAGCACGUUCGUGGUGCCAUUGCCAGGGCUUCCCGGUUCCUUUAUCUUCAUGGCGGACCGGUGGAACCCUGCUGAUCUACGAGACUCGAGGUACGUAUGGUUGCCAUUAACAGUAGGAGGAGCUGCUGAUCAGCCACUUGAUUACAGUUUUGGGUUUCCUUUGUGGUCGAGAGUGUCUAUUUACUGGCAUAAGAGAUGGAGGCUUCCUGCACGCUGGAGUGCCUAGAAGUUUUCUCAAUACUUUGUAACAUAAUAAUCCUUUUUCUUCUCAUAUCAUUCUUUACAAUGCAUUAUUAGAAACACUUUAGGCUUAUAGGAUUAGAUGUAAAUUUUGAUGUAUUGUUAAUAUGGUUCGGGAGUUAAAUCAUUGGACGCCAACAAA